CGCAUGUCCGAGAGUGAAGGGUGUCGUUGGUUGUGAAUCGGCGGCAAUCUCCGCCACCUUGUCAAAGUAUGUUCAAUGUACGAACAAAGAAAUAUCGCACAUUCGAAUGCUUCUACCAUUUCAUUGCUUUUACCUUCAACGAAAACUUUCAUAACGAAAAUGAGAUAAUUAUUCGAGAUUGACUAGAAUAAAUUACAACUGCAAGUGAAUUUUAAUGAUCUCUGCCUGUAAAUGGGCCCCUCGAAAAAAAAAAAAAUAAUAAUUGAGCUACUCCGACAACAAACCUUGCUCUUGGGUUGUGAGUGUUCACCUCGGAGAAUUUGAAAGGUUCUAUUCCCGCCAAUAUUUCUGAUGCCAGGUGACUAAACUAAUGCUAUCAUUUUGCAGUUCUAUUGUGUUUGAAUAUAUUUUAAAAUUAUUAUCUCGUUUAUAUCUGCCUAUAUUCAUAUCCUACUAAACUCAUCGUCCAUGAAAACGAACAACGGCUUUAUAUAUAUUAUAUGAGUGUGAGCCUGUACACAUUCCCGAUAGACAAGGAAGCAGCUAAUCUCUUAAUUCUUUAUCACAUCCUGCUCUAAAAUGCAAAAUUCCGUUUAUAGUGGACAAUUUCUUCGAUAUCUUAAACGAUGUGUUGUUAAUUCGGAAAUAUUUAGCAUAUCUUAUUCGACUAGUUGAGACAAAAUUUCUAAAAUAUAGAUAUCUUUAUGAGUAUAUUAAUACAUAUCUGAAAGAGAUAUAUAUCUUUUUUCACUAACUUUGCAUUGAUAGACUUGUGGAUUAUAGAAGAUUACUAAUUAACCAGAGGUGGACAGACAGCGGUACGAGUUGGUUGAUAGUCGGCAAUUUGGCUCUUUCUCCCACCACUCUGGCUUGGAAAUUUAUACCACAGCUGCUCUCCCUACCUUCGUGUUUCGCCAUCAAAUUACUCUCGUAGUGCGGAGGGAAAUAUCUCUCACCAACAAUGGUGGAAUUCUGAUGUUGAAAUAAUUUAAAACUACAGGAAGAAAGAAUUUAAAAACAAUCAGCUUUGCAGAUCAAAGAUAAAAUAGACGGUGAGAGAAAGAGAGAGAUAGGCUGGACGACAACAAAACAUGGUUAGAACUCGACAUAGUGGAGAGGCUUUGUACGGAUUUGAUGAUUUAUCCAAAAUUAAGAAGAAAAGCCCUAAUAAACAUGAUGAGUCACAUGUUUCUAAUAAAAAAAGAACUCAAGGUUCUAAUGAUGAUUCCUCAACAACUAACCAGAGGAAUAACUUGAAAAGGUCUUCAACUCUGAGGAGAGGAAAAGUCGUUUCUGGUGAUAGCAGUGAUGAAUUUGAAGAAGAGGUGGAGUUUGCUGACAAAAGUUGCAAUAAACUACAUAUGAAGGUAAAAAGAGAUGAAAGAAAAAAGUCUGGGAAAACAAACAAUAAACCACUUCUGCCAACACGAAGAUCCACUCGUAAACGAUCUUUGUUGUUUUUAUCUUCUGAUGUAACUGAGACAAACAACAUUACUCUGGAAGAUGAUCAUAGUAAUAAUGAAUCACACAAGCGUAAGAGAACCAAUGUUGAUGAGAUUGAUGACUCUUUGGAGUUUACAGAUAUGUACAGUCGUGUCAAAAGAAAUCGUGCACAGCGUAAGUUCACAACAGUUUUAAAUGGAAUGCACAGCACCAGACAAAAUAUUGAUGAUUUUGAUGAGUGUCAAGACAACCAGGGUGAUGUUGAUGAAGAAGUUGAUGAGGAUGAUGAUGAUGCAGAUGAUGAUAGUGAGACACAAGAACCACCUCGACGUUCAUAUUAUUUAAGGGAGCACAAACCACGUACAAAAUUAUUUGAAGCCCCACCUAUAGACUCUCUUAAAAAACGAAAUAAAAAUCUUCCGUAUUGUGACACUCCUGCUAGUUCCUCUCAUGGAAUGCACACAUCUUACAGAUCUCCUGCACAUAGAAAUGGAAACAUGCGAAGACGAACAGCGUUCCAUGGAAGCUCUUCUACCUCAUCUAGCAGUGAUUCAAGUGAUGAUGAGCGGCGGUUUGAGAGAAGGAAAGCCAAGAGUAUGACCCGAGCACGGAAUAGGUGUUUGCCAAUGAAUUAUGGCAAUGAAGAUCUUGCUAAUUCACUUGUGAGGGAUCGUUUGAGAAUUGGAUCCAGUUUGGCUGAUGUUGACCCAAUGACAGUUGACAAAAGGGUUAACUUCAAAAGUAUUGGUGGUUUAGAGAAGCACAUCAGUGCCUUGAAAGAAAUGAUUGUCUUCCCACUUCUGUAUCCAGAAGUCUUCGAGCAGUUCAAAAUUACUCCACCUCGAGGAGUUCUCUUUUAUGGUCCACCAGGUACUGGAAAGACUUUGGUAGCUAGAGCUUUAGCUAAUGAAUGCAGCACAGAAAAUCGAAGAGUGGCUUUCUUCAUGCGUAAAGGGGCUGACUGUCUCAGUAAAUGGGUUGGGGAGUCUGAACGUCAGCUAAGAUUAUUAUUUGAUCAGGCUUAUCAGACUCGGCCAUCUAUUAUAUUUUUUGAUGAGAUUGAUGGACUUGCCCCAGUUCGUUCAAGUCGGCAAGACCAAAUUCACAGCUCUAUUGUUUCUACUCUGCUUGCUUUAAUGGAUGGUUUAGAUAGCCGGGAUGAGAUAGUUGUCAUUGGUGCUACUAACCGGAUUGAUGCUAUUGAUCCAGCAUUGAGACGUCCAGGCAGAUUUGACAGAGAAUUCCAUUUCCCACUGCCAUCUUUACAAGCUCGGUCCCAGAUUUUCUCUAUCAUCACUAAAGAUUGGAAUCCUAAGCUAUCAGAUGCAUUUCUUGAGGAAAUUGCUCAAAAGUGUGUUGGCUAUUGUGGUGCUGAUAUCAAAGCAUUAUGUACAGAAGCUGCUUUGAUGGCUUUAAGAAGAAGGUAUCCUCAGAUUUACAAUUCCUCUGAAAAACUCCAGUUAGAUGUUUCAUCAAUACACAUCUCUGGAAUUGAUUUUUAUCGAGGAAUGAAAGUAAUUGUUCCCACUGCACAGCGUUCUAAUUCAACUCCAAGACAUCCAUUAUCCAAACUUGUGAGACCACUUCUUGAAAACAUCUACAAAAAGGCACUUUCAAUAUUGGAGAUAAUUUUUCCAAGUGAUUUAUCUCAGAGUCAUAGUCUUACAUUGAAAGGUUCCUGUGAGAAAUCAGCUAAAGUAGAUGAAGCUACCGAUUACUGGCUUGAAGAUGAAGGUCCAUGUAUAUAUGAAGCCCCUCGUCAACGUGGUAGAAAGCCUCGAAAUUUUGUUCCUGAAAAAAUUACAGAAUCUUACUUGGAUUUUCAAAGUUGUGCCUCCAAGCAGCCAUUGACAUACCGUCCACGCCUUCUCUUUGCUGGGAAAAUAGGCCAAGGACAGUCUGUCCAUCUUGCUCCUGCUAUCAUGCAACACCUAGAGCAAAUGCCUGUUUAUGUAAUUGAUUUACCAUCACUGUAUGCUGCUAGUAACAGGACACCUGAAGAAUCUUGCACACAGAUAUUCUGUGAAGCCAAGAGAACAAGCCCUAGUAUAUUGUAUUUUCCACACAUCAAUUAUUUGUGGAGUGUUUCGAGUGAAACAUUGAAAGCUACGUUUUUAACAAUGGUCGAUGAUUUAGAUCCUUGUUUACCAAUUCUACUUUUAGCCACCAGUGAAGUUCCUUAUGAUUUUCUUGAUGAUGAUUUGAAAGAACUGUUUGAUGAUCUAGCAGCUGAGGUUAUGCAUAUGAGUAACCCAACAGAACAAGAACGGCGAGAAUUCUUUUCAGAUUUGUUGCUGAAUCAAGCUGUCAAACCACCAGUCAAUAAAAGGCAAAGAACUCGAGUCUUUGAAGAAUUACCACGUGCACCACCCCCUGUUCCUCGCAAACUAACAGAGACUGAAUUGGCAAAACUUAAAAGCCAUGAAGAAGCAACUCUAAGGGAGCUAAGACUCUUCUUAAGAGAUAUAUGGAAUAAGCUUGCUAAAUGUCGCAAAUUUGCUAUCUUUAUGCGACCAGUUGACAUUGAGGAUGUUCCAGAUUAUUAUGAUAUUGUGAAGGAACCAAUGGAUUUGAAUUCAAUGCUUAAAAAAAUUGACAAUGAAAUGUAUCCGACUGCUCAAGAGUUUUUGGAUGAUAUUGACUUAAUAUGGCGCAAUGCUUUGGAAUAUAAUCCAGACAGUGAUAGUACAGGAAAGGCUAUUCGUCACCGAGUUUGUGCCCUGAAAGAUAUGGCGUAUGCUGUGGUGAAUUCUGAACUUAAUCCAGAAUUUGCUAAAAUGUGCCGUGAUAUUGUUAACUCCAGAAAGAGAAGAGGUGAAGUUAAUAAGGCUACUAAUAUUUUCUCACUUCAACCUGAACGACCAGAUACUCCUCCUGUAACUCAGCCAGUUGCUACUUCCUCUAACACAAAUAGCCAGGUAAAUGCUCUCCCUUCAGAUUACCCUACGAGAUUUAGUCGGAGGGUAAGAGGAAUGGAUGCAGAAUCUCAGGCACCCCUUGAAGUUGUGGAGAAAAUAUUUUGUCAAUCAAAAUCCCCAUCAAAAUCGAAGUCAUACCGAUCAAAUUCCUCCUCUAAAUCUCAGGUUACCUCAACCGAGGCAGAAAGUGUAGAAUGUUUCUCUGAGGAUCAGCUUCAAAAUUCUGACCAAUCUUCACCUGUAAAUAAAUCAAAACCAGGGCGCAAGUUACGCUUAAGAAGAAGGCGUUCAUCUGCUAGCAGCCGACAUGUCAAAAAUGGACACUCUGGAGAUGAUGAAGUUUCUGGUUCAGAAGAAGAACAGUGUACAAAAAGUAGGAGUCAUUCAAGUGAAUUGAAUAAUGAAACCCCAUCCACUUCAAAAAACCAUACAAAUUCAGAAAUGACUACCUCUGGAUCUGCAACCGUUUCAUCAUCUUCCACCAUGCAAAAUUACCCAUACCGAACACAGGGACACGAUCAAGCUUCUCCUGGGAGGGCCGAACAGCAACAAUCCAGUGCUAUCACUGCCAAUACUACUACAACUAAUAAUAGCGCUGCCAAUGGUUCCAACACUUCUUUAUUGUCAUCAUCGUCAUCAUCAUCAUCAUCGUCAUCAGCUAGUACUUCUAAUGUGACAUCCUCAGUUUUGCUGUCAUCUACUGUAACCUCCACUAGUGUGCCUACCUCACACACCACUGCCAAUACAACGAGGAAUGGUCUUGAUAGUGGAAUUGGGAGUGCAAUAGAGAGCAAUGGAGAAUCCUUGGAUAGUCUGGAUCAAGCCAAAACUGAUAAUGCUCCAACUAACUCCCAAACUACAGAACAAGAAAAAGGUGCUGCACCAGAACUUGCUGACAUCAGCCCACUGCCAGUUGAAAAUCAAGAAACUGAAGGUGAAGCAGCCACAUUCCAGAUAUCGAUGGUUGGAGAAGAUUUUUCUGGCAAUAACAAUGAUAUGGAAGCAGCCAACACUACUUAUAAUAGAGGACUGAUGUCGAAACUUUUGGACCAAGUUGUCACUCAGACUAAAGGCUAUACUGUCGAACGUUUAGAGAAACUUUACAGUGUAUUCAGUCAAUGCAUUUAUCAGCAAAGGAACAAUCCUGACAAAGUUGAUCUCUGUGUUGUUGCUCUAGCUUGUCAUCAUCGAAUUGCAGUUAAAGAUAAAAAAACUGGUCUGGGAGUUCCUGAAGUGAUGCUUGGAUUAUUACCCGGAGGUGGUGGAACCCAGCGUUUGCCUCGGCUGAUUUCAGUUCCAAAUGCUUUAGAUAUGAUGCUCACAGGGAAAACUAUUAAAACUGAUAAAGCUAAAAAGAUGGGUCUCGUUGAUCAAGUUGUUGAUGCCCUUGGCCCUGGAUUACAAAGUGCUGAAGAUGGGACCUUAGCAUACUUAGAGAAGAUUGCUGUUGAUGCUGCUAGAAAUCUUGCAAAUAAUGGUGGUAAAAGAGCACCAAGAAAGAAAAAUCUCACUGAAAAAAUAACAGAUCAAAUAUUGCAAUAUGAAUUUGGAAGAAACUUUGUGUUUAAACAAGCAAGAUCAAAGGUGAUGAAACUCUCUGGAGGUCUCUAUCCUGCUCCAUUGAAAAUCCUUGAUGUAACAAAAAAAGGUUUAGAACAAGGUCCCAAAGUUGGCUAUGAUGUAGAAGCUAAGGAAUUUGGUUUACUUUCCAUGACAAAAGAAAGCCAGGCUCUUAUUGGCUUAUAUGAUGGGCAGACUGCAACAAAGAAAAACAGAUUUGGAGCACCAAAACGAGAAGCCAAAACAGUUAGUGUACUAGGAGCUGGUCUCAUGGGAGCUGGUAUUUGUCAAGUGAGUAUUGAUAAGGGUUUUAAUGUUUUGAUGAAGGACAUGUCUGAAACUGGCCUUUCCCGAGGUAUUGAACAAAUACAAAAAGGAUUACAAACUUCUGUGAAAAAGAAAAAAAUCAGCAGUUUAGAAUCUGAGAAAAUGAUAUCAAAUCUUGAUGCAACCCUGUCCUAUGGCAACUUUAAACAUGUUGAUAUGGUGAUUGAGGCUGUAUUUGAAGAUCUCAACAUCAAACAUAAAGUUAUUCAAGAGACUGAAAAAUAUAUCCCAGAACAUUGUGUUUUUGCAACCAAUACAUCUGCUCUCCCUAUUGCACAGAUUGCAAAAGCAAGCAAAAGGCCUGAAAUGGUAAUUGGAAUGCACUACUUCUCACCUGUUGAUAAGAUGCAGCUUUUGGAGAUCAUUACACAUGAAGGAACCUGUAAUGAAGCAAUAGCACGUGCUGUCAGUGUGGGAUUGAAACAAGGCAAACUUGUGAUUACAGUAAAAGAUGGACCUGGUUUUUAUACAACCCGUAUCCUAGCACCAAUGCUUGCUGAGUGUGUACGUCUCUUACAGGAAGGAGUAACACCCAAACAGCUGGACAAACUCACCAAAAAGUUUGGUUUUCCAGUUGGCCUUGCAACUCUAGUUGAUGAAGUUGGCAUUGAUGUUGCUGCCCAUGUUGCUGAGGAUCUUGGUAAAGCUUUUGGGUCACGCUUUGGUGGUGGAAAUGUUGAGUUACUCAAAGAAAUGGUUUCUAGAGGAGCUUUAGGUCGGAAGACUGGUAAAGGUUGUUUCCUUUAUGAAAAGAAAUCAAAAGAUAAAACAGAAAACCCUGAAGUGGCUGAGAUAAUCAGCAAAUUUUCUCUUGAACCCAAAGUUGUAAAUACUGAUGAGGUUAUACAAUAUCGUCUAUUUUCUCGAUUUGUCAAUGAAGCCAUAUUGUGUCUUCAAGAAGGCAUCUUAGCUAAUCCUCUAGAAGGAGAUAUCGGUGCUGUCUUUGGACUGGGCUUCCCACCAUUUUUAGGCGGUCCUUUUCGGUAUGUGGAUCUUCAUGGAGCAAAGCAGUUAGUGGACAGAAUGUCUGUAUUUGAAAGUCACUAUGGAGAACACUUCGCUCCUUGUCAACUACUGAAGGAUCAUGCAAAUGACAGCAGUAAAUUAUUUCAUAAAAAGUGAUUAAAAAGUAAUGUGAUUAAACAACUAAUAUCAGAGUAAUAAAGAAUGUUGAACAUUUCUUUUAUUUACACUAAAUGCAAUAUUGGUUUCCAAUUUUGUUUAAAAAGAAUGUAGCAUAAAUUAUUGCUAAAAAUACAAGAAUUUAAGAAAACUAUAUUUGUAAAAUAAAAAUUAUAAUUUACUA